UACACAUGGCAGUGAUGCUGGUCCUGAAACAGGUUGCUGGCAAUGUGGGACAGCUCAGACCCCCCAUGCCAACCGUUAUUUCCAAACUCGACCAUUUACAGACCGCCGUCAUAUAGCUGUAAUACUACUGAGUGCGGCUUUAAAGAACAAACACACAUACGAACAAAUCUAUCCUUCCGCAGGUGAUGCUUUGACAGUUGCGUGCCAUGUAACUCCACUCUCUAUUACAGUUAUAUCACAGUGUGUUAGCUUAAUUUGGAUUGAAUAAUCGAAGCGAUGAAGGUCUCAGACUUGUAUAUCAGUUUACAAGCAUAGGUGUGGUGAUUAAAGAUGAUAACAGCGGCGAAUCUGAAACUUGAACAAGCAGAUCGUGGCCUAAUUGAAGAACGCCGUUCUGUAUAUGGAAUUGCAGCGCCUCAGACCCCCAGGUCCCCGUGCCCCCUGAUGUCACCUGUACGCCACGAGACACCAGUCGGCACGGGGUUUUAAGAAAUGUGACAUCUUGUCGUACACGCUAUUACCUUGCCGUGUCCUGAUCCUGAACGAUUGGACGAUGUUACAUUUAUGCUCUAUGUUCUUGUGCUGACCGUGCUACAUCUAGGCUUCGUCUAUGCUAUGUCUACGCUAUGUCCAUGCUAUGUCUACGCUAUGUCCAUGCUAUGUCUACGCUAUGUCCAUGCUAUGUCUACGCUAUGUCCAUGCUAUGUCUACGCUAUGUCCAUGCUAAAUUUAUGUAAUGCUUCUGGUAUGUCUACGCUAUGUCCAUGCUAUGUCUACGCUAUGUCCAUGCUAUGUCUCCUCUAUGUCCAUGCUAUGUCUACGCUAUGUCCAUGCUUUGUCUACGCUAUGUCUAUGCUAUGUCUACGCUAUGUCUACGCUAUGUCCAUGCUAUGUCCAUGCUAUGUCCAUAUUAUGUCCAUGCUAUGUCUACGCUAUGUCUAUGCUAUGUCCAUGCUAUGUUUACGCUAUGUCUACGCUAUGUCCAUGCUAUGUUUACGCUAUGUCUACGCUAAGUUUAUGUAAUGCUUCUGGUAUGUCUACGCUAUGUCCAUGCUAUGUCUACGCUAUGUCCAUGCUAUGUCUACGCUAUGUCUACGUUACGUCCAUGCUAUGUCCAUGCUAUGUCUACGUUAUGUCUAUGCUAUGUCUUCGCUAUGUCCAUGCUAUGUUUACGCUAUGUCUACUCUAUGUCCAUGCUAUGUUUACGUUAUGUCUAUGCUAUGUUUACGCUAUGUCUACUCUAUGUCCAUGCUAUGUUUACGUUAUGUCUAUGCUAUGUCGACGCUAUGUCCAUGCUAUGUCUACGCUAUGUCCAUGCUAUGUCUACGCUAUGUCCAUGCUAUGUCUACGCUAUGUCCAUGCUAAAUGUAUGUAAUGCUUCUGGUAUGUCUACGCUAUGUCCAUGCUAUGUCUACGCUAUGUCCAUGCUAUGUUUACGUUAUGUCUAUGCUAUGUCGACGCUAUGUCUAUGCUAUGUCUACGCUAUGUCCAUGCUAUGUCUACGCUAUGUCCAUGCUAUGUCUACGCUAUGUCCAUGCUAAAUGUAUGUAAUGCUUCUGGUAUGUCUACGCUAUGUCCAUGCUAUGUCUCCUCUAUGUCCAUGCUAUGUCUACGCUAUGUCCAUGCUAUGUCUACGCUAUGUCUAUGCUAUGUCUACGCUAUGUCCAUGCUAUGUCCAUGCUAUGUCCAUGCUAUGUCCAUGCUAUGUCCAUGCUAUGUCUACGCUAUGUCUAUGCUAUGUCCAUGCUAUGUUUACGCUAUGUCUACGCUAUGUCCAUGCUAUGUUUACGCUAUGUCUACGCUAAGUUUAUGUAAUGCUUCUGGUAUGUCUACGCUAUGUCCAUGCUAUGUCUACGCUAUGUCCAUGCUAUGUCUACGCUAUGUCUACGUUACGUCCAUGCUAUGUCCAUGCUAUGUCUACGUUAUGUCUAUGCUAUGUCUUCGCUAUGUCCAUGCUAUGUUUACGCUAUGUCUACUCUAUGUCCAUGCUAUGUCUAUGCUAUGUCCAUGCUAUGUUUACGUUAUGUCUAUGCUAUGUUUACGCUAUGUCUACUCUAUGUCCAUGCUAUGUUUACGUUAUGUCUAUGCUAUGUUUACGCUAUGUCCAUGCUAUGUUUACGCUAUGUCAAUGCUAUGUCUACGCUAUGACUAUGCUAUGUCGACGCUAUGUCCAUGCUAUGUUUACGCUAUGUCCAUGCUAUGUUUACGCUAUGUCUACUCUAUGUCCAUGCUAUGUUUACGCUAUGUCUAUGCUAUGUCUACGCUAUGUCCAUGCUAUGUUUACGCUAUGUCUAUGCUAUGUCUACGCUAUGUCUACGCUAUGUCUACGCUAUGUCCAUGCUAUGUUUACGCUAUGUCCAUGCUAUGUUUACGCUAUGUCUAUGCUAUGUCUACGCUAUGUCUAUGCUAUGUCUACGUUAUGUCCAUGCUAUGUCCAUGCUAUGUCCAUGCUAUGUUUACGCUAUGUCUAUGCUAUGUCUACGCUAUGUCCAUGCUAUGUCUACGUUAUGUCCAUGCUAUGUUUAUGUAAUGCCUCUGGUAUGUCUACGCUGUCUAUGCUGGCAUGCUACGUCGAUGAUAUGACUUGUCGACAUCUAUGCGUUGUCUAUGCUUUGUCUACGCUCUGUCUCUGCAAUGUCUCUGCCUACAUUAUGUCUACCUUAUGUCUAUGUUACGUCUGUACUAUGUCUAUGCUACAUCUAUUUUACGUCUUUGCUUCUUUUAUGCUAUGCCUAUGCUAUGUCUAUGCUAUGCCUAUGCUAUGACUAAGCUAUGUCUAUGCCAUAUCUACGUAAUGUCUAUGCUAUGCCUAUGCCAUGUCUAUGCUACGUCUAUCUACCUCUAUGCUACGUCUACGCUAUGUCUAUGUCACGUCUUUGCGAAGACUAUGCUGCGACUAUGCUUAGUCUAUGCUCCGUCUAUGCUAUUUCUAUGUCACGCUGAUGCGUAUGAAUUGGACUUACUACAGUUACAGCGCUAAGAACGCUUUGUGAAAUUUCCGACUUCUACCUGAAACAAACCACAACAUAAAGCCGGCCAGGGAACGGAUGACAGGCUUUGUGAACAUAGUUCGAUGACGCAGAUGUCUGCAGCCGUGUCAAAGUCACAGCAUAUUUCACUUCACUCGUAUAUCAUUGAACGCUCGUAUAUCCUGCAGGAUGAAAUGCAUAUUAUGGACUCAAGGAUUGGAUAAUAUGCAUGUAACAUAUGGCAAGCUUGAUUACAUUCUGCACCUAGUCAUGCAUACAAACGUGUUCAUUUCACCGGAAUAUAUAUGUAACAUUACAUAUCAAAAUAUAAUAUUGAUUCUGACAUUAUUAAAAUAUCAUUUUAUUUGUACAUUUAUAUCCACUGUUUGAACAAAGAUGUCAAUGUAUGUAACGAACUAUUUUAAAUGCAUUAUACCGACGGAUAUUAUUUGAAUCAGGGAUAUUAAUGCGGGCCAUAAAAUGUUUUAUUGCAUGUCUGUGAAAUAUACUUUUAUAUAACAAAAUGUUGAUUGACAUAUAUUGCGCAUUCGAACGAGAAGCAUGUGGCAGUCUAUUAAAUGUUCUGUCUUCCGCCAUACGGGUUUAUUGUAGCCGAGUCAGGUGACCAUUUGUUACUCGAAGGUAAUACCGUAUACACCCUAUGCCCCUAUCUCGUAUACAUCUAUGAGUCUUUAUGUAUUCAGCAGCUGUGUUUCUCGUAUGUAUAAAUGAUUCAAACGGUGGCCAUUAGUUAGCAAAUAAUCAAACACGAUAAAGUUAAUCAGUCAUGAAUAUCCCUAGUGUCGAAAGAAACGAAUUAAGCCAUUCUGCAAUUCACAACCCUUAUCUGAAGCUUCCUGAAAUGGAUCGGGUGAUGUGAGUCGGUAAAGCUACUAUGUCCAUCGAAGUCCCUAUGUUGGUCCAUAAAACCUGCCAAUGUAGCGUCUCUAUAAAUCAAUCGAUAGAGUAAUAAAAACUAUU